UCCUUCCGCAACGGCUGUCCCGAGGCAAAUACGCCGAUCACGUGGAAGGCGUUUCUGCUGCUUAGGAGUGGCGGGAGCUGGGAGGACCGGUGGGUUACCUUCAGUUCGAGAUAUGGAGGAGUAGCGGGGAGCCUCUCUGCUCCGUGUACUUCUAGACACAGACAGACAUGGACAGAACUUCAGCGAAAAACGUUGGAAGAACGUCCUUGGAACAUUCUCUUGGGCCCAGCGUUGCGUACCAUCAAUACGUUUUCCUCUCUAUGAUGAGGCCUCCCCCAGGGCGUUCAUUGCCACGAAAUUAUGGAAACCUAUGUCAGUGUUCUCGCGGAAAUGCCCAUAAGAUUGCGACAGUGUAUACUUUUGCAGCAGCUGCAGUUUUUAAAAACCUGGAUUCGGUGGCUACUUCUUUUGAUCUCCUGAUAUCUCAGUUCCCACAAAGGCCUUGGAGUAAUUUUAAUCGCGUUAGCGGUUCGGGUUGCAAACAAGCAUGCUCGUCUCUAUGGCAAGCCGUGCCUUUCUGAGAUCAUCAUUAGUAAGCGGGGGAAUGACAUCAUCAGUUGGUGACGAUUCUCUGGCGCCCCAACGUGGGUCUGGGGGUGACUAUGGAGGCGGCUGAUGGAAUCGUGGGUCCUUCUCCGGAGCUACUGAUUUGCGGGGAUCUGAUGGUGGUGAGCGGCGGCACGAAGUUCUUGGCCGCUCGUUAUAAAGAGACCAACAUUGAUGAUCUUUUCAUUUAUGACUGCACUACUGCAAGCAGAAAACCUCAAGAAAACCAAAGUGAAGAUGGAAAGCCACCAGGGAAAACAAAUAACAAUAUCCUUGCCUGUGCAUUUUCUUCAUCAGGGAAGUACUUUGCUCUGACUGAUGACAACAAACAACUAAUUCUUUUCUGCACAAAGCCUUCUUGGAAAUGUCUGAGUGUAAGACCUGUUAUGAGAAGAUGUACUUCCCUGAUAAUAACAGCUGCAGAAGACAAGAUUCUGGUUGCUGACAAAUCUGGCGAUGUGUAUUCUUAUUCAAUAAUAGAACCAAAAAAUGCAGGAACAGUUGAGCUUGGACACUUGUCUCUCCUGUUGGAUUUGGCAUUGAGUCCUGAUGACCAGUAUAUCGUAACAGCUGAUCGAGAUGAGAAGAUCCGAGUUAGCUUGACUAAAGCACCGCAUGUAAUAGUGUCCUUCUGCCUUGGUCACAGAGAAUUUGUCAGCAGAAUAGUGGUUAUCCCAAACUUUCCUGAUCUUCUUUUAUCAGCUUCCGGGGAUGGUACGUUGAGGCUCUGGAAAUAUAAAAGUGGGAAAGAACUACAUUGCUUUCAGUUGAAUCAUUUGAAUAUAUAUGAAGCCACUAAGAAUGAGAAGAAAUAUGCAGUCUCAAGAAUAGCUUAUUGUUGUGAAGGAAAUUACACUGCCAUUUUAUAUGACUGUAUUUCUGCAGUAUCCAUCUUCCAGUUUGAUGCCAGUGCUCAGAAGCUAACUUUUAAACAGCAUAUAACCUUGAACCACAAAGGUUGGGAUGUUGCAUUUGAGGAAACCGGUGGACUCUGGGUACUGCAGGAGAAUCAGCAAAUACCUCUUCUGUUCUACCAGCCUGAGGAUGGACAGUGGCAGCCUGUUAUUGACAAGAAAGAAUUGGUGAAAAUAUCAAAGUACGUACGUGACCAUUGGACAGUGUUUGAAGGUGCUAUGGACAAAGAGAGCUGCUUCCAAAAUCUCUACAAGGCUUCUUUUGAUAAUAUGUCCAUUUAUCUAAAAAAGAAAGAAGAGAGACUUCAGAAGCAGAAAAAUAAGAGGAAAGAUCCACAAUACGAAUCAAGUGAACAGACCAAAAAGGUCAGAAUUGGAAUGCUGCCCUGACGAUGCUCAGUGCUGUGACAUCUCUGGCUUUGGAAGAAGCUGAACAGAAAACGGAAUCUCUUCCUUGGGCACAACAGAAAAUAAAUCUGCUUGAUGAUUAGUGUCAACAUAACUCACCCUUGACAAAUGGCAAAAGAAGUAACCUGAUUAUCAAGCCACAUACCAGUGCCUUUAAAUAACUUGUUUCUAACUAUAUGACUUAAAUGUUGCUUGAAUGACAAUGUUGGAAUUAAUACCUAGAAAAAGAAUCAUAACAAAGAACUUCCUCCGAAUCCAGUUGAUCAGACUUUCUUCCUGAGUAUGCUUUCUCACAAUAUCAUUGUCAAACUGACCAUUGCAGGUUCAAAAUCAUUGCAAAGCGGACAGCUUCUACCCACCCCUCUUUGUCUAUUUGUCCCAAAGCUGAGGCAAUAUAUAUUGUAUAGUUAUAUGAGAAAGGAGCUGGCUUAUUGAUGUGGUUCAUGGCUAAGCCCAAUUAUCCUUAGAAUUUUGUAUCUGAAGAUUUUGUAGAGUUUACCCAUAGAAACAAUUAGAAGGAGACCUGUAAAAAUGGCUCUGCAUAACUCCAAUUGUCCUUAAUCCAUUUAAAUAGGUAGAAACACAAGUGAAGUGAAGGUAGCAUAUGAUAGCUGUAAUAUUACAAUAAGUGGUGUCUGCAGCAAGCCCCAGUGAUGCAAAAAUGGCAUGUAUUUAAUGACUUCAUGACACAAAUCCUGCCUUUAAGUACUGACAUCCUAACAUCUGACACAAGAACCUAAGUGGCAAUAUUUGUGUCAUGACACAUGUUUAUUUUGAUUGGCACUGUGAUUAUUAAGUUGACCUCUUUAACAGUAAAGGAGUAAUAAAAAGCAUAUGGAACAUCUGUUUUGGAUUUAUUCAGCCAACUUGAAGAUCUUUCAAUUUUUUUUCAGUCCAAAGCUAGUAAU